GGUAGCUUAGCUAGAAGCUAGAUUCGUGGAAAUGGAAUAGAAAUUCAUCUCAUAGUAUAAGUAAUUCAAUCUCCAGCAAAUAAAUUGAUUUAACUAAGUAAAAAAAUGAUGCAGGGAAUAGAGGAAUUAUGGGGGAAAUUGGGUUCUGGGGUGGUGACAUUGUUGGUUCUCUGGGCAACCUUCGACAAGUACUUCCCCUCCGAGCUCCGCCAUUUUUUCAAGAGAUACGUCAAGAAAUUCAAGGGCGUAGUCAACCCUUACAUUCAAAUCACCUUCCCCGAGUUCUCCGGCAAUGGCUUCCACCGGAGCAAGGCUUACCCGGUGAUCGAGCGUUAUCUCUCGGCUAAUUCCUCCGCCGAGGCCAAGUGUCUCAAGGCAGAGGACACCAUUGACGGCUCCUCUCAGACUACUCUCGUUUUCAGCAUGGACUAUCACGAGGAAAUCACCGAUGACACAUUCGCUAAAAAUGCAGGGGCGGAUGCCGGAUUCAAAGUCUGGUGGACCUCCUGCCGGGACGAACCGAACCGGCAGAACAUGCCUGUUUCUUUCUUUGGCGGCACCCGCGGGGCAGACGAUGGAGGCAGGCGGUAUUUCACACUCAAGUUCCACCAGAGAUACCGGGAUGUCGUCACCGGAGCUUACCUGAAGCAUGUACUGCAGGAGGGGAAGGAGAUCGCCGUGAAGGACCGGCAAAGAAAGCUGUACACGAACUGUACAAACAGCGGCGGGGGCUACAACCGGAGCACGUGGAUCCAUGUGCCCUUCGAGCAUCCCGCCAAUUUUGAAACCCUAGCGAUGGAUCCUGAGAAGAAGAAGGAAAUCGUGGACGAUCUCCUCAAGUUCAAGCAAUCCAAGGACUAUUACGCCAAAAUCGGGAAGUCCUGGAAACGCGGGUACCUCCUCUACGGGCCUCCCGGCACCGGAAAGUCAUCUAUGGUGGCUUCCAUGGCGAACCUUCUCGAAUACGACAUUUACGAUCUGGAACUGACGGCGGUGAUGGACAAUACCACGCUCAGGAAUCUCCUAAUCGACACCGUCGGUAAGUCGAUCAUCGUCAUAGAAGACAUCGAUUGCUCCCUAGACCUCACCGGGCAACGGAAAGGGUCGAAUCUCGAGAAGAAUCUCCGCAAAAACGAAGAGGAGAUGAAUCCGAAGACAACGAGCCAAGUUUCUCUAUCUGGUCUCCUGAACUUCAUUGACGGACUCUGGUCGGCCAUCGGAGGAGAAAGGCUCAUCGUCUUCACCACGAAUUUCAAGGAAAAGCUGGAUCCGGCUCUGAUUCGGAGUGGGAGGAUGGAUAAACACGUCGAGCUUUCCUACUGCAGAUUCGAAGGGUUCAAGGUCCUUGCUAAGAACUACUUGGACAUCGAAGGGCACUCUCUCUUCCCCAGGAUCGAGCAGCUGUUGACGGAAAGGGACAUGACUCCGGCGGAUGUUGCAGAAACUCUGAUGCCCAAAUCUCCGCAGGACGAUGCCGCCAC